UGUUGUGACCUUCUCAGAGCGCCUCCGGACUUGUUAUGAACUGCUAAUUAUUUUCUGUGCCUUUGUUUUAAUUGGGGGUUGUGUUACUUUCACCACCACCGCCGCCGGCGCAGCAGCGUCUCCUGCCGUCCUCGCCGGCUCGCCCUGCGCGGCGUCCAGUCGUAAAGACGCUUAUUUGGACGUUUGCGAUUUCCAAAUUGGCGUGAGUCAGCCUCCGAAGUAUUCGCCCGUAUUUCAAAUGGCGACUGACGAGAAAAACACGUUUUUUUCCCCCCUCCGAAAACAGCCCCAUUACAGAUAACCAGGACGGAGCCAGCAACCCACAGGAGCUGCCACUGCGGUCGCCUUCCAGAAAGGUGGUGAUUAUGUGGCCGAGGACGGCGUCUGUAACGCGGCUUUAACACGUAUCUGCGUCCAGCCCGGGGGGGGGGGGACAUUCCUCGGAGGGUGUCAUUUGGGAUACUUGGUUCCCUGUCGUGAUGGAGGGCAGCGGAGUCCCAGAUGAGGUCUUGUUGGAGCGCCCCUGGCUCCCUUUGAAUAUUAGCGGCCGCCAGCUCCUUGCUAAAACCUGGUUUGGAGACGCGGAGUACUGCAUCCUGCUGACGGACAUGCAGUGCGUAUGGCAGGAGAGAAUGACAACCACAGCCAUUCAGAGCAGAGCACAGGAGCUGAACAAGCGGCUGCAUGCUCCGGUGAAAGCCUUCUUCUCCCACCUGUGCGACGUGGCUCAGCCCUGUCUUUCAGGACAUCAGCACACACAGAGCGAGUCCCAGAUUACCCUGACAUGCCAGGAGGUCGAAAAGGUCAGCGUGAGGCUAAAGAGUGAACUGGCAGGGCUGCCCUUCCACUGGGAGUUCCACUGCACCCCCGCACCUGUGACAACGGUUUGCAGUCAGCUGAUGCGCCCCCUGCUGUUCAUAAGUAGGCUACUGCAGAAUCAAGUAGAACAGCUGGAAGGCCUACUAGUCAGGAAGGACGCAGAGAUACAGGAUUACAGGGAGAAUGGCGCCACACUCACCAGAGAGCGUCUGCGAACUCUACCUUUCGAGGAGCAGACCUACAGAGAUGACUUUCUUACUCAGACUCUACCACAGGUGUGCUCAGGGCAACAGGAGGAUCUGGGGUUCGACACGAGCCUCCAGCACCUCUACACAACUGUUAUCACCCAUGUAAAUGCACGCACUCACGAGCGUAAGCUCUCUGAGAGACACGCAUCCCAGGAGCUCCAGCCUGAUGCUAACGGACAAGAGGUUGACCAAGCAGCUGAUCACAUCCCAACGCCAGGUGAAGGGGCUACAAGAAGUGGACCAGGUGAUGGUGACAGAGAGCAGAGCCUGCAUGACCCAGCAUGCACGGCUGAAACCAAGGUGUCCGACAAACCUCCACAACAUCAGACGCUACCUGACACGGCGGACCCUGCGGAUCCCCCUUGCUCCAGACCAAAGAAGAAGAAAGCUAAGGGACUGUUCAGUUAAGACGCCAUUUAGUGGGAGACAUCAAAGGACAAACGAGGCGUCCAUUCUCCAAAAAACGCCGUGUAUUCUUUUCGGAAAAAUAGACUUCGCCUCUGGAUGACAAAUGGUGAAUGGAUGGCAUUUAUACAGACUCUUCUAGACUACCGGCCACUCCAGGCUCUUCUAGACUGCCGACCACUCCAGGCUCUUCUAGACUAACGAACACUCCAGACUCUUCUAGAGUACCGGCCACCCCAGACUCUUUUAGACUACUGAACACUCCAGACUCUUCUAGACUACCGGCCACCCCAGACUCUUCUAGACUACCGGCCACUCCAGACUCUUCUAGACUACCGGCCACCCCAGACUCUUUUAGACUACCGACCACUCCAGACUCUUCUAGACUACCGGCCACCCCAGACUCUUUUAGACUACCGACCACUCCAGACUCUUCUAGACUACCGGCCACUCAGAGGUCUUUACAGUAGAUGCCUCACAUUCACCCUUUCACCGAUGAUGGCGGAGGAUGCCAUGCAAGGCACCAGCCUGCUCAUCAGGAGCAGUUAGGGGUUCAGUGUCUUGCUCAAGGACACUUCAGACACACUCUCUGGAGAUGCCGGGGAUUGAACCAGCGACCUUCCAAUCACUGGACGACCCGCCCCACCUCCUGAGCCAUGCUGCCUCAAACACUGUCUUGUUUUUAAAAUUUCUUUUUCCACAAAGACAAUCUUUAAAGAAAUUAGGUUUACAUGAUAUCACUGUUAACGUUUUAAUCUAUAUGUUAAAAUGUUUCUUCAUUAGUAAAUAGUUUCAUUUUAAUUGUUUUAUCAAACAAGGUGACUGGGGAUGAAAUUGUGGACUUUUGCUAAGCUUGAACUUAAUGUAAAAUUGAUUUUUACCUGCAAAUUGUAGUUGUUUUUGUAGUUUUUGUUUUUGUUUUUGGAAUGUGACUUGGUAAAAUACAAAAUAAAGAACACAAAUGACAUGAAUUUAAUGCUCAAAGUGGAAUAAUAAACAGUA